CUCGCUUCAACACACAAACAGUGAAAUGUACAGUAUGCACGCCAGCCCGGCUGAUCAAAGUCAAGCUGCCAGUUCGCCAACGAUGACUUCCGCUUGAUCUAUGGCAGAUUACUGUACUUCGUGCCCUGCUGCAACCUAACACAGCAAGACACAGACACGCUACUACUGUGUAACCUGCGUUUCAGCCUCUAAAUCGACAAAAUCAUCUGAGAGGAAGACGGCUCAUAUCUCCAACAGAAUCACCACAACACACGACUACAUUCAGCUGAUCUCCUGACACCACCCAACACAUUGCACAACACUCUUUGUACAGUGAAAACAGCUUUUAGCGAGAGCUUCAGGGCAGCAUGACUUAACCGACACCUCUCUGGGCCGAGCUGAUGUCUGGACCGUCUGGUGUGAUGGACCGGUGCUCCCUGCCGAGGCCGAUGCUGAUGCUCCUGCAGCUGACCGUGUUUCUGCUUGCAUCUACCAACACAUCCUUCUGUCUGCACGGAAAUCCUACCACAGUCCUUGAAGGUGUGAACCACGAGCUUCACUGUUCGAACAAUUACCUGUUCACCAUCAACUGCUCCCUGAGCAUCGCACCAUCAGAAAACUCCUCAGACAGCGACGGCUCCUACUGGCUCACCUUUACGGAAACAUAUGACCAAACAAAGUUUCAGUGUAUGCUGACAAAGGCCGAUGGGGAUUACUUCUGUUCGGCCAACAAAUACCCUCCAGAACCUGACGACGACUCUUACCAAGAGACCUUUUCGGAUAUAGACACCUAUAAAAUCUCCCUUUGCUACUACCUAAACAAUGAAUCUGCAACCUGUGAGGUGCUGGAUGAGGAGUAUGAGCCUGUGAGAAACAUUAAACCGAACACCCCGUGCUGCCUCACAGUGAGCCACAACGCAAGUCAACACCACUUCACCUGGAUGAGUACCUAUGAGGAAUACACUUAUACCGAACUGGUUCACAGUCUGAUGUUUGAGCUCCGUUACUACACAAGGAGAGAGGGACCAAAUGUGUCACGCAUAAUUAACGCCAACAGCAAGAAUUACUCUGUGGAUGAUGAAAACUUUGAGCCGGACACUGAGUAUGCUGCCAGAGUGCGCUCCAGUCCCAGCCAGGCACACUACAUGGGGCAGUGGAGUGACUGGUCCUCUGAAGUUCAAUGGAAGACGGGUUCAGCUGUCACUAGCAAGUCAGCUCUCCCACCAAACACAUCUGGUUUCAAACUGGGGAAGGUGAUCAUCCCCUUGUGUGCGGUGGUUACAGUCUUCUUAUUUCUGUGCUAUGCUCCUAUUAAAAAAUGGAGACAAAAUGCCUUCAUCCCGACUCCAGCGCCCUAUUUCAGCUCCCUGUACAGCGACUGCCGGGGAGAUUUCAAGAGCUGGGUGGUCAUACAGGAAAACACAACAGAUAUGAUGAAGGCAGAGGAAACGCUCCAAAUCAACACGCUGACCGAGUUGGAGGUUAUCGAGGAGGACGAGUGUUCGCCCCAGUUUGACCACCAGUUCGUGCAGGGCAGCAGCUACAGCAACAUAACCGACCCCGGCUGUGACACCUCUCUCCUGGGCAUGCCGUAUGCUGUCAGCACCAUGACCCCACCGUCAGCCCAAGGGAGCUCGCUCAAGAGUCUGGCCCUCAGCUCACGGCCAGGGAGCCCUGCUGAAGGCGACUCAGGGUGCUGGCUGUCCCUGGAGAGGGAUCCGCUGUUCUACUGCAACGAGUACUGCACCCUGAGCGCCUUCCAGCAAAAUAGUCCAGUCACAGCAGAGCGCCAUGGGAGCCUGUCAACUAAAUCCUGCACGACAGAGAUGAUCAGAGUGGAUGCUGUCACUGAAGCAUAAGCGGAUGUAUCUGUGACAGUUUAAUGCUGGGCCUUCAAGUUCAACUACACAGGGAUUGACAGUAUAAUGCUUUGUAACAACACUGCCGCUGCUUGAAGCCAAAGAUAAUACUCUUUACUUUUGUCUCUUCAGCAGAGGUAUUUUCUUUGACGCUUAGAGCAACUUUAUUUUUAAAACAUGAAUAACUUUCAUAGCCUUUAGCUUGCAUUAAAUGUAUUAAUUGUAAACAAAAGUUCAAGACAAACACAUGCCAACUGAUUUUUUUUAAUGACUGAACAAUUUGUCUGAAAUUUAUAGACAAAGCUGUACUUUGCAUGUAUUUUACUCAUUGAAUAAAGGAAAUAAACUUUUUCUAGAAAGUUUUAUUUACGCCAACACAUACAUGAACAAAGCACCAUAUAACCUUAAAGUCUGAUACAGAAGUAAGCCUACCUGCCUCAGUCAUCAUGGCCAUGUUUAUUUAUUCCAUAGCAAACACUCAUAACAAAAAGACAAGGCAGCAGAUUCUAUCA